GCGUCAGGCGCCGCAGCACCGGGGAGGUGGGUCCCACUUUAAGAAGUGAAGUUUGUCGCCCCCCCUCCCCCUCCCUGCCCACCUCCUGCAGCCUCCCGCGGCCCGCGGAGCUGGCGGAUGGAGCUGCGCCGCGGCGGCGUCGGGAGCCAGGCGGUGGGGUGCAGAAUGGAUGGGGACGGCCGAGAUGGCGGCGGCGGCGGCUGCAAGGACGCCGGGUCGGAGGACUACGAGAACCUGCCGACCAGCGCCUCCUUAUCCACCCACAUGACAGCCGGAGCGAUGGCCGGGAUCCUGGAGCACUCGGUCAUGUACCCGGUAGACUCCGUGAAGACGCGGAUGCAGAGUUUGAAUCCAGAUCCCAAAGCCCGGUACACGAGCAUCUACGGAGCCCUCAAGAAGAUCAUGCGGACUGAAGGCUUCUGGAGGCCCUUGCGCGGCCUGAACGUCAUGGUGAUGGGCGCGGGGCCGGCCCACGCCAUGUACUUUGCCUGCUAUGAGAACAUGAAAAGGACUUUAAAUGCCGUUUUCCACCACCAAGGAAACAGCCACCUAGCCAACGGCAUAGCUGGGAGUCUGGCCACUCUGCUGCAUGAUGCGGUAAUGAAUCCAGCAGAAGUGGUGAAGCAGCGCAUGCAGAUGUACAACUCGCCGCACCGCUCGGCCCUCGGCUGCGUCUGGACCGUUUGGCGGACCGAGGGCGUGAGGGCCUUCUACAGGAGUUACACCACGCAGCUGACCAUGAACAUCCCCUUCCAGUCCAUCCACUUCAUCACCUACGAGUUCCUGCAGGAGCAGGUCAACCCGCACCGGGGCUACAACCCACAGUCGCACAUCAUCUCUGGAGGGCUGGCCGGGGCCCUGGCCGCGGCCGCCACCACGCCACUGGACGUCUGUAAGACCCUCCUCAACACCCAGGAGAACAUGGCCCUCAACCUGGCCAACAUCAGCGGCCGGCUCUCGGGCAUGGCGAAUGCCUUCCGGACCGUGUACCAGCUCAAUGGCCUGCCCGGCUACUUCAAGGGCCUGCAGGCGCGCGUCAUCUACCAGAUGCCCUCCACUGCCAUUUCCUGGUCCGUCUACGAGUUCUUCAAGUACUUCCUCACCAAGCACAAACUGGAGAGUCGGACUCCGUACUAAAGGAAGGGGCGGUGGAAGUGGUGCCGGAACCCCUUUCUUUCCAAAGGGCUUGCCCUGCCCGCGGCCAUUCCCUUGCCUUCUCCCCAGAUGGUGUUUUUCAAGGGGUGUGUGCAGGACGGGCCUCUUCUGCCCCCAGAUGCCUUCGAGAAAGGGGGGGCCAGACAGCCACUUCCUGGAAGGUCUGCAGGGACGCCCGUGGUGGUGGCAGAUGGGGGCAGAGGCUCUGGACGGAGAGUGAGGAUUUGCCUGUCGUUUUCCUCCCCGGCGAGGAAGGUAGCUUUUCCGCUUCGCUCUAGCCGUCUCCUCUCGAGAAACGUAGAUCCACACGGGAGGGAAGAAACUGCAGUGAGUGAAAACAUGAAAGAAAAAAACAAAACAAAACAUGUAUAUAAAAGUUCUAGUACACAGCAGAAAAUAGAUGGAUAAUGUUUAUCCUUUAUUUUUCUAUGUAGAAGUUUUUGGAUUUGUGUGUGUGUGUGUGUGUGUGUGUGUGUACACGUGUGUGUACAAUCAAGUGUUACAGCUGAGAAUAUAAAGCUGUUUUAAAAAUCAAAACAAAACAAAAUCAGAGGGCUGAAUUCUUCCGUGGGGUUAGGUGAAAAAAGAGGCACCAAAGGAAUCAGUUGCCAAACGCGGUCCUAUAAUUGUGCCGAGCCCCCAAAUGGAAGUUUGACUUGAAUGUAAAAUAAUAAAGUUUAUAAUUUGGAUUUCUCCUUUUGUGGGGGGGGAGGAAAAGGUACGUUUGAAAUAAUCAAAAUGAUGAUUGUGCUUUAGUCACUUACCUUCGUGUGCCUUUUCCCUGCCUUUCCUGAAAGUUGCAGUCUGGUGUGGGCGCAUUUGCUCUGCUCUAAACCAGGCACACAUACCAGGUGACAGGAUGGCCCCUUUGGGGGGCCAUGGCCCCCAGUGGAAUGCAGAUGACUCAUCUCACCCACCGAGACCUUUGGCUUCCCUCCAGAGACUGGAAUGCAUGCUCCCGGGCCCAGCACUUACGAGUUCCCAAAAUGCUUUCUUUGGGGGCAGGCAGUUGGCCUCAGGGCUCCCUCCGGCCUGGGCCUUCUUACUGCACCAGCCUUUUGCUGCGGGCACUUUUCAGGUAUUCUGGACCUCGUGUCUAUUGACCAAAUCUCCUGUUUCCUGUGCAGUUUGAGAGGUUAAAUAAAAAACCGAAACCCCACCAAAACGCGGCCAGUGCAUCUCUGGCUUCUCUCUCCGUCCACCAUUGAUUCCCUCACAGCGCUGCCCGCAGCGGAUACAGGCCUUCUGGCCAGCCCUGCUGCUGAAGGGACCUUGCAGACUCAUCAGGACACCCCCUUACUCCCCCCCGCCUCCCCCCCUCGAGCCAUCUGCAGCCUCUCUUGGUUGGUGUCACCUGCGUCCUGAAAUGGGGCCCAGAGCUAGAUUAUCUCGGAGAAAAUGCAGGCCCGUUUCCUCCAGCCUCGCCCUGCGAUGGGCUGCCAGGUCUGUCUCCAAGACGAGACCGAACGACUGGACCAUUUCCUUUUGGAGCCUCUUUUUAAAAAAACACGAGCAGGAAGCACGUGUGUUUUCAUGCUGGAAGGCCUGGUCCUGACCUUGGCCGUGAUCUCAGGCACGGUCAGUGUGAGGAGCUGACCCAGGCUCUUCCUGACUCUGGCUUCCUGCAACCGCUUGGGUGGCACUGGACAGUUUUCCUCUCGAGACCUCGUGCACUGUGCCUUGGGUCUGCUUUCCCCCAGGGAGUGCCACCUCCACACCUCUAGUGUGUCCCCUCGGGCAGGGCCCUGCUCCAGGGUUGGGGGCCCAGCUGUUGCCCUAUUGGCCCCUGGGACCUCAACCCAGGAGGAAACCAGGGCAGCAAGUUCUGUCCUCUGGGACUGCAGAAAGCCCCUGGACUCACGCUGCUGUCAGAAGUGUUUACAUCUGCUCCUGCUAUCUCCUACCUGCCUUUUAAUAUCCUGGGAUUGGAGCAAUAAGCACAUUGAAUUCUUUCUUUAAAAAAAAAAAUCCACUCAAGACAUGCCCUGCUACUGCAGAGCUGUCUUUAUUUCUUAGAGGAUUUUGUUUUCCAUGCUUCACCUCUGAGAAGUCUUUAAAAGGCUUGCUUCUCUCCCUCCCUCCCUCCCUCCCUCUUCCUCCCCCCCCCCCUCUCUGGGUCUUGUGGUGGUAGUACAUGUAUCCUGGAGAGAGAGGUGGGGAGCAGAUUUCCAAACUCCAUGGGCAGCUCUACCCACUGUGCCUUCCCCUCUCGGUCAUCAAGAGCUGAAUGAGCCACUUCCCGGAGCAAGCUUUGAGAGCUGCUGAACACUCAGUAAAAAUAAGUGAUUGUUCCUGUCGAGGGAGUUUACCUCCCCUUCCCCUGACCAGUGGAGUUCGUGGCAGUACCCGCACUCAUCACAGUCUCUUGGUUGAUUGUGACUUUGGGGUUGGGAAGGACUGAAGUCCACACCCCUUUUGAUGCCCAGCUGAUAGAAUCCUGGCGGGGACUCGCAUUCCUCUCCUGGGCCGGCCAUGCAGUCGGACCCGCUCUCACACUGCGUGUGCACUUCUGCGUACUCGCCUGUGUGUGACCCCUGCUCGGAUGAUGAUGUGAAUUCCAGCCACUUCUAGAUCCAUUUUAGGGUGGAUUUUUUGUUUUGGAUUUUUUCCCCCUCUUGGAUUAUCUUUCUUUUUAAUGGUAGAAUUAAAAUGGAUUUAAAAUAGGAUAAAUCUUCGCGAUUGUUGCCUGAACUUUGGGUUGAACCUAGCAGUUUACUUGGCCACUGGCCUCGUGUGAUUUCUGUUUUUGUGUUCGAAUGCCAAUGUCUUAUUUCAAGUGCUCCCCUUCCAAAAUCCUCCCCUUACUCCCCCCCAACACCCCCCCCUUCUGCCCCUCGGGACUACAUUUCCCGUGCAUCCUGCCAGUUGGGUUUUAUUUAUCUUUAUUUAAGGACGAUUGUGCCUGUUCGAUGCGAAUGUACUGCUGCUUCCAACCUGUGAGACGCACAAAUUUUAUUCUAAGGAUGGACAAGUGUUUGUUGUGAAUAUCACUGUUCCUUCCUCGCCACUGUUGCCCUCUUGGAAAGGGGAGGACUGUGUGUUUUUGUGUGGAGAUGUUUCUGAUAUGCUGCUACAGUUGUGACACUGGAGCGAGAGAAAAAAAAUAAAAAUAAAGCCUUGAUCGU